AUGGCCCCUAAGCACAUCACCGCCCAGAAGGGCUUCUUCAGCACCGCCCUUGAUGAGGCUCGCAACCCUGAGAACGCCACCAUUGUCCGCAGCAUUGCGAUCUUCACUGUUGGUGUUGCCUUCCUACACAGCAGCCUCGGCGAGAUCCUCCUUCCUCCUAUGUAA